CCAGCCUCUUCCACUAUGGCCACCUAAACAUAUAUCGCCAGGCCGCAGCUCCAGAAAGCCGUACGGGGAAGAUAGUGGAACUGUAAGCAUUACACGCUAAAUAUGCACCCCAGCCACAGACGGUGGAGCUGUUGAAGAGAAGCAAGCUGACCAUCAAAGUUUCAGUUCAGCAGAUCAUAAUCAGAUCUGCACCGCGGGUGAUCAGCCUGGUAUUAUGGUGGCAUCUGUCUGUAGAUACAUCGCUAAAGUCUGUUAGGGUGACACCUGUCUGUAGGUAUAUCGCUGAAGUUUGUUAUGGUGACGCUAAACGAGCAGCUGCAUCCAUUCACGCCUACUCAACAAACGUUUUCGGACUGAAUCCACAGCCUGAAGGAUUGGCAUCUAAUGCUGGGGAAAUGGAGGCCUUCCAGACGGAAUAUCGCCUCCUCGAGGUUUAUCACGACAGAAGAAAGUGCAAGUCCAACCCCGGGACCGAUAUCAUCCUGCAGGGCUACUGGGCAAACCGCGCGCCAGGGAGCGGAGGACCGGCAAGACACGGACAGAGAUUCUUGGAGUAUUCUUUGGCUUCUCUGGACACAGAUCACUUUGAGGACGUGGCAGAUAAGCUGACCCACAUUGUAGACAGUGUACCUGUUACUCCAAAAGAAGCCGUGCCGGAUACUGAUGAUCUCACCCAGAGGCUUGUCGAGUUAUUGAAAGAGUCUGGUGACCAGUUGAAUCAGAAGAUCCUGAAAGACUGCGAACUGUCAGGUUUCCUCGAGAGGUCAUUUUCAUAUAGCGCGUUUGAGAGUCUGGCCUCGGCCUUCGUCCGUGUCGUGGCACCUGAGAGCAGGCAACCUGAGUGGGCCGACAAGAAAACUCAGAUCGCCUGGACCUUUGAGAUGACCAGCAGGUUGGGCGCUCUUGACCUGCAGCCCACGAACCGAAUCAUGGGCUACGGAGCGCAGUACCUGCACCAGUAUUUUGCACCAUGGAUUCAGCAGCACGGCGGAUGGGAGAAAGUGUUUAACAGUGACGAGAGUGAUGAGGAGAUCCAGUGAAGAGAGAGUCUUAUUCCACAUGCUUAAAAAAAAAAGACAAAAUUGUCUGUUAUGUUCAAGGACAUGACAAUAUUCCUGCCUACUUCCUGAGUGCACUGAUCAAACAACUCUGCUUCUUUUAACACCAGAAAUUCUGUUGUAUUUCAAACUGUAACUGAGUUGUGUAACUGUGAGUUUUCUUUUCAUAAGUUCAUUAUUGACAUGGAGUUCUGUAUAUAUGUUGAAUGUUGUUUUUUAACAAGGGAUAAAACAUUAACAUUUAGCCCAUAGUAAACUAAUUUUAAAUGUAUGACUGCCAACUUAAUAUGAAAGUACUCCAUUCACUGACAAAAAAGACUGAAAAAGCUAAAAUCGUUUAGGCAUCUAUUACAAUUUACUGGACAACGGUACAUUUAAAACAGUUAAAAUAUAAUACUUUAUUGACCAGGAGUAUAUAUACUUGUAUAUGCCAUGACUGAAGCGAGCACCUCUGAGCACUAUCCAUACAACAAAACUGUAAAGGUUCACUCUGUUUCUUGGUGGUUUACAUUGAUUUUGAAGUUAUGAAUAAUUUAUGUGGUAUGUGUAAACAGUAGCAAUCUCCCAGCUACAAAAACGUAAGGUAUAAAUCAAAUGCUUAUUCAAUUUUAGUUGCUGUAUAGCAAACGUAACAAGUCAUCAGCAAAUGCAGGCACACAAAGGUGUUUUGGCCCCUUCAUGGUAUAUGAACUGAAUAUUGAAAAACUCCCACAGUCCUCUGCUUAACAACAUAUAAUAAAUAAAUUCAAUACA